AGGGGACCUGAGAGGAGCGAGAGGAGGGGACGAGCAGAGGGGAGGGGAGACCCGCCGCCUCCCUCCCUCGCUCGCUGACUCGCUCCCUCCCGGGCUGCGGCUGCUGCAACGGGGCGGCGGUGGCAGCAGCAGCGGGAGCAGUCUAGAAGCCGGCGUCGAGGUGAGACGGGGAUGGACAGAGGCUGCGGGAUUGCUGCUGUCUCUGCUGCUCCAUCCACUCCAUUGAGGUCCUCUCCUCUCUCCCCUCUCAAGAUGGCAGCCAGCAGCUCUGAGGUCUCGGAGAUGAAGGUGAUAGAAGAGGGUCCCCAAACCCAAGGAGAAGGGCCUGGCCAUUCUGAAGCCGAAACUGGCCCUCUCCAGGUCCCAGCUGGGGUCCCAGAUGAGCCAGAGGCCCUGCAGCCCGGCCCAGACGACACUGGGGCCCCUGUGGACUCAGAAACCAAAGCUGGACUGGCUCCAGAAACCACAGAGACCCUAACUGGGGCCCCAGGAACAGCCCAGGCCAGAGACCUCAGCUCAAGUCCAGGAGGGGAGUCAAAUGCCAACCCCAGCCCCAAAGAAGCACACCAAGAGCCGGCACCCAAACCAGAAGCAAAUAAAGAGGCCACUGCAGACCAGGGGUCUGAUCUGGGGUCUACAGCCCCACUUGAGCCAGCCUCAGAGUCUGCUCCCCAGCUGGACACCCAGUCAGACCCUCAGCCAGACUGCCAGCCAGAUUCCCAGCCCACCCCCAAGUCAGCUCUUCAGCCAGAGCCCCCUACCCAGGAGGACCCCACCCCUGAGGUCCUGACUGAGAGUGUGGGGGAAAAGCAAGAAAAUGGGGCAGUGGUUCCCCUGCAGGCUGGCGAUGGGGAAGAGGGCCCAGCCCCUCAGCCUCACUCGCCACCCUCAACAAAAACCCACCCAGCCAAUGGGGCUCCUCCCCGCGUGCUGCAGCAGCUGGUUGAGGAGGAUCGACUAGGAAGGGCUCACAGUGGGCAUCCAGGAUCUCCCAGAGGUAGCCUGAGCCGCCACCCCAGCUCCCAGCUGGCAGGGUCUGGGGUGGAGGGGGGUGAAGGCACCCAGAAACCUCGGGACUACAUCAUCCUCGCCAUCCUGUCCUGCUUCUGCCCCAUGUGGCCUGUCAACAUCGUGGCCUUCGCUUAUGCUGUCAUGUCCCGGAACAGCCUGCAGCAGGGGGACGUGGAUGGGGCCCAGCGUCUGGGCCGCGUGGCAAAGCUCUUAAGCAUCGUGGCGCUGGUAGGGGGGGUCCUCAUCAUCAUCGCCUCCUGCGUCAUCAACUUAGGCGUGUAUAAGUGAGGGGCUCUGCCCUGCAUUCCAAGAUUUUUCUUCCUGUUGGGAGCUGCCUUGGGCCCAUCCUCCCCUGGGGGGAGCCCAAUCGAUGGCCCAGGCCCGCACCCAUAGGGACCAAGGGAGCCUGAGCGGCCUUGUUUACAGCCAGCUUCUUUCCUGCUCCUGCAUCCUGCCAGGCUCCUGUGCCAACCGUAGGCCUCUCUUCUUCCUGCACUGUUUCCAACCUCCCUGCACUUCUGCCUGCAUCCCCUCCAGCCUCUUGGCCUCCCUAUCCCUGCACUUCUGGAAACCUCCCUGCACUUCUGGAAAUCUCCCUGAAGGUCUCACAAACUCUCUCUGCUCUCACCCUCCCUGCACUCCUCCCAACUUCCCGAAUUCCCUGCACCUCAGCCCCAGUGUCCCCCUUUCAACUUUCACUGUCGUGGCAUAUUUCCCCAUUCCUUUCUUCCUUCUCCCCGGUAUCAUCUCUCCUUCCCCUUUCACACCUUCUGCCCCCUUCCUGCCUCAUCUCCCCUCAGCAUUUCUUCCUCCCCUCAGGAUCCUUUCCUCUUCCCUCUUGCCACCGUUUUCUCUGCAAAAACUCCAGCACGUAGGUCAGGCUGGGGGAGGGGAGCGGUAUCAGGGGAGGGCUCCCCAGCCUGGGUUCCGACUAUUUUCUGCUGGGCCCACCCAGGUCCUGACGCCCCCGGAGCGCCUCUGGGUCGCAGAGCUGGCAAGCCAGGCCUUGUCUGGGGACUUGUGCAGGGUGUCGUGCACUGUUGCUAGCUCUGUUCUGAACACGCACCUGCGAAGAGGAAGGGGCGUGGCUGUUGACCCUCUCCGGUCAGCCCGAGUUGACCUGCCCCACCUGGGCUUUUUAACCCGGUCAGCGAGUUUCUUAAAGGCGUCGGGACUAGGGUCAUUCACGUGCUUUGUAGCGAAAGAACCCCGAAAUAGAUCCAAAGCUCCCAGAUGCAGGGAGCGAAUGAGGGGCGGGAAGCUCUAUAAUUAUUUUCCAAGAGGACGAGAGAGGUUUGUUGCACGCGACAGUCCGCUAGGGAGGCGGGGACCGAGCUAUGACGCUGUUUGGAGUUGGCGGGUUUUGUUUUCUUAAAAAAAAAAAAAAAAAAAAAAAAAAAGGCGUGGGGGAACACUAAAAGUCUUUAAAAAAAAAAGAUACAUCAAACAGAUUCUCCCUCUUUGUAUGCCGGAUGCUGCAUGAGUCUGAAACACCAAUAAACGGAGACUGCAUGAGACUCGCC